GGCAUUUUCGUAAUUUGGGCCCAUUUCAAAGCCUCAGCCACCAUCUUUUCCACCUGACAACCAGAACAAAAUGCUCUAAGAAUUCAAUUUCCCAGAAACAGCAUCUGUUUUUGUUUUCUACGUUUUCUAAAACAAAAAAGAACACAUGGCUCAGGUCUCCUCUUCUUACCUUCACCUUCAGCACGAAUUAGCCGACGAAACCCUAACCCUAGAUUCCAUACCUCACUGGUCUCACUCCGAAUUCGAUAUUUACACUUCCGAUACCGAAUUAUCUGCGCCUUCCUAUUCUCACGGGCAAUCAGCCGUUCGCUUUCACGAUGACGUGUCCGAUUCCGAUUCGUUGAUUGUAAACGCCUCAGAUCUCUUCGACCACCGCGAGAAUCAGGUUAAUUUCGUCAUGGAUCUGUUUCAACAACGCGUCGAGCAGUCUAAGGUAAUUGGUGUUGGUGAUGAUUUUGGUAGUGGGUUUGUCUCGGAUCCUUUAAACGGGUCGAGUUUUGGUGUGAUGGGUGAAAAUAGUGAAAUAGGUAGUGAACAUUUGGAUGCCGAUUUUGGUUUAGGGUUAGCGUUUGGGGUUAUGAAUAUUCGUGAGAGUAAUGACAAUAAUUCUCGUAAUUUUAAUAAUGUCGGUAUUAAUGACUUUGAUUGUAACGAGGAUGAUUUCUUUGUUGAGAGGAGGGUUUCAGGUGUGGCUGGGUCCUCGUGUGGUCGCAUUACUGAGUUUAGUUCAGAUUUGGAAUCUGAUGAUGGGAAUCAGCGUCAAGUUACAUUAGGGGUUUUGAAUAUUCGUGAGAGUAAUGAGAAUAAUUCCCAUAAUUUUAAUAAUGUCGGUAUUAAUGACUUUGAUUGUAACGAGGAUGAUUUCUUUGUUGAGAGGAGGGUUUCAGGUGUGGCGGGGUCCUCGAGUGUUGGCAAUAUUGAGUUUAGUGCAGAUUCGGAAUCUGAUGAUGGGAAUCAGCGUCAAGUUACAUUAGGGGUUUUGGGUUUGCUUUCAGAGGAUGAAUAUGUGAGUGAAGGUCAUCUAGAUGAUGUUACAAGCAUUGGUCUUUGUUGGGAUUCACUUCAUGUGGAGGAUAGUAGAGAAACCAAUGAGGAAUUUGAAUGGGAGGAGGUUGAUGAUCGAGUUGAUGAGAGGGAGAUUUUUAGUACGAUCAAUAACGAAAAUGGUGAUGAAAAUUCAAUUUCACUUUCCAUUUCACCGAUAAUUGCCCCUGAGGAUGUUGUUAGUGUGGAAAGCGUAGGAGUUGGGAAUUUGGAGUGGGAAGUUUUAUUGAAUGCCAAUAAUUUGGAGACAAAUCCUGAAAUGGAUAAUCGUAAUGCACCUUAUUUUGGUGAUCAUGGUGACUUUUUUCAUACUGCAGAGUAUGAUGUGUUUUUUGGGCAAUUUGCAGAGAAUGAGAGUGCAUGGAUGGGUAGACCCCCGGCCUCAAAAGCUGUUAUCGCAAAUCUUCCUCUGGUGGUUCUGACAAAAGUGGAUGUGGAGAGUAAUAAUGCAGUUUGUGCCGUAUGUAAGGAUGAUAUUGGUGUUGGGGAGAAAGCAAAGCAAUUGCCGUGCACCCAUUGGUAUCAUGGAGAUUGCAUUAUACCGUGGCUUGGGAUUAGGAAUACAUGUCCUGUUUGUCGCUAUGAGUUACCCACAGAUGAUCCUGUGUACGAGAGGUGGAGAAAUCAGAGAGCUGCUCGUGGCCAGUGACAGCAACUCAUGAUCACAUAUGAUUUUGAAGUUUCUUAAUGAGCACUAGGUGGUUUAAAGAUAUUGCUGUUGGGAAAAAAAAUAAUCUAUUUACAUGAAGAUUGUGAGAAUAUUUUGGUAUUUAAAUGUGUUUUUAGUUGGAAUAUUUUGGUAUUUUGCUAUAAGAAUGUUCAAUGAGUGCAUUUUAAUCAUGAUUUCUUAAUUUAAUAAUUUUCAAUGUAUAUAUUGUUUAUGUUUUUAUUUAUUUUUUUCCAUAGGCACUGAAAUGUUUUUGGAACAAGUGGAAAAUGUAAUAUAUGCCGUGUUAAAGACA